GUUCCUGUAAGGUUUCAAGGUUUCGUCGUCUUGGUGGUAAUUGUAAUUUACCGAAACGCCUUCUUUUUUUCUUUUUUUUUUACCCCAGCCAGCCACAGCCCCCUAUCAAGGGAAUGAGCGCAGAGGAACAGGACCGGCUGCGGUCCCUCUUUCACACCUACGAUGUGGACAACUCCGGGCAGAUCGAACGAAACGAGUUUCUCACAAUCUGCGCAGAGCUACAGGUGUCAGCAGCCGAGGCUGACCGAAUAUUUGACCAGCUGGACGUCGACAAGGACGGCACUGUCACCCUGCAAGAGUUCAUCAGCGGAUUUCACGACCGCUACGAGGCGGACAUGGAGUCAGAAGGAGGCGACCCGUCUGCUGCUUGGGAAGACUUUGAGAGCAGACUGAACGAGCAGGCCAAGUUCAUCCCCAGGCGUGAGCAAGCAGCAACACUGUAUCAGAACAUCAGUCUGACUGAGCCCAGACUGAUUCCUCAGUUUGAGAAAGUCAUCCUCAACUUCACCAAAGAGAUCAAACAGCAGAACUCAGAGAUGGAGAACUUGGCACUUGCCAUCAAACGAGCGCAGGACCAAGCAUCAAUGCAGCUCAGUGAAAUGGAGGAAGAAAUGGACCAACGCAUUCAAGCUACCGAGAGAAAAACACGUGAGCAGGAGAAGAAGCGAGCAGAGGCUUCGCUGAGUGAAUUACGAAGAAGUUAUGAAACUGAAGUGUGUGAGCUGCAGUGUAAGAUCCAGAGGAUGCAGAUGAUAGAGGAGAAGUACAAGAACAUCACAGUGAAAGACGAGAGCCCGGCCUUGAAGAAGAAGAUCAAUGAGCUAACACUGGAGAACCAGCGGUUAAAGCAGGAGCUGCUGAGGUCUCAGACCAAAGUCGCCUGCCUGCAGAGUGAGAUGGACUCGCUGAAGACCGAGCUAACCGAUCAAAGCAUCAACUCCGAGCGAGACGAGGAGCUCAUGAAACACUUCUCUGAUGAACGAGACAUCCUGGAGAAUCAGAUUGAGAUUCUACAGCUUCGCAGGUACUCCCAGCGCAUGGACGAGUACCCUCUGUUCAGCCGCCGGCCCAGCGGUGACACCCUUGCCCUGGCCAUGUGUGACCCUGGCCUGAGGCGCAGGCACAGCAGCGAGUGUGAGGAGGACAGCCUGCCUGAGAUCUACGUGGACAGUGGCCUGUCGACGCUCAGAGGCUCACAUGGAGGCUAUGACUCAGAGCAUGAGGUCAAAGGUCAAGAAGAAGAGGACAAGAAUCACAGUCCGGAGAAGAAAAAGGAGGACGACGAUAACAACGACAGUGUAAUCGGAGAACUCUCUGACACUGAGCCAGCAGAGACACAGGAUGGGGAAUCAGCAUUUGGAUCAGACAGCAGCUCAGUUUUGGACUGGAAGCCAUCUGAACCACCAGCUCCAACAACGAGAAAGGCCCUCAGUGCCAUCAAUGUUCAGAAGGAGGACAAGGACAGCACUGACCUGGGCUACAUGACGUCCGAGAAGGCUUACAGGAUCGUGUUAGCUGGGGACGCUGCUGUGGGGAAAUCCAGCUUCCUGCUUCGCCUCUGCAAGAAUGAAUUCAAAAUGAACUCUAGUGCAACUCUGGGAGUGGAUUUCCAGAUGAAAACACUAAUCGUGGACGGAGAGCCCGUGCUGCUUCAGCUCUGGGAUACGGCGGGGCAGGAGAGGUUUCGCAGUAUUGCGAAGUCUUACUUCCGCCGGGCAGACGGUGUUUUGUUGCUGUACGACGUCACCUGCGAGAAGAGCUUCCUCAAUAUUAGAGAGUGGGUGGAUAUGAUUGAGGAUGUGUCCCACGAGAACAUUCCCAUCAUGCUUGUGGGUAAUAAGUCUGAUCUUAGACAAGAUGGAAUUGGCUGCGUUCCUGCCAGCUACGGGGAGAAACUUGCCAUGACAUACAACACUCUGUUCUGUGAAACUAGCGCCAAAGAUGGAUCCAACAUCCUGGAGGCCGUGCUGCACCUGGCCAGACAGGUAACAAAGUUCGCCAACUAUGAAGAAAAAAGCAGUCGUCAGUCGCUGCCGAUUUUAGACGCUCCCAGAAAUCAGCCAAAAUUCUCCUGCUGCACCUGAUCAAACUCGUCCACACUGGACUUAAUGUGGACUGUGCACAUGCGAAAAGACACGAAAAGCAGAGCAGGAACAAAUGAUCAAUGUGAAUAACCGCAGCUGGAUUAAGAGGGUGAAGUAAAG